ACAAAAAGUUGUCUUGGGACUUUGAACCUUCUAACUUUAAGGUUGGAGAUCACAUUACGGGUGGAGAUAUUUAUGGCAAAGUUUAUGAAAACUCUUUAGUGAACGAUCACUACAUUAUGUUGCCACCCAAAGCCCUUGGCACAAUUACAUAUAUCGCAGAAAAGGGAUCUUACACUUUAGAGGAUACGGUGCUAGAAAUUGAAUUUGAAGGUCAAAAGUCUAAACAUUCAAUGUUACAACUUUGGCCUGUUCGAUCACCUCGUCCGGUUACCGAAAAAUUAACAGCUAAUUUCCCCCUAUUUACCGGUCAGCGAGUUUUGGAUUCACUGUUCCCGUGUGUGCAAGGUGGUACUACUGCUAUUCCUGGGGCUUUUGGAUGUGGGAAAACAGUCAUUUCUCAAUCUUUAUCGAAGUAUUCUAAUUCCAAUGUCAUUAUAUAUGUUGGAUGUGGUGAAAGAGGCAAUGAAAUGGCUGAAGUAUUAAUGGAUUUCCCAGAA